AUGAUGAUAUCACCUUGUGCCUGCCAGGAGUUCCUGCAUUUAAGGAACGCGUCUCUUCUCUCGGUGACACUUCAGUCCGAGCAGAGUUUCCUCUACGAGCAGAAAAACCGUAAAGGAAGGAAGGAGGUCAUGUUCCGGAUCCUCAGUCGCCACGGUAACCGCGGGCCGGCCCCCCUGCGGGCGGCGAGCCGCCGCGGGCUCCAGCGCGCCGUCGUGGCCAUCCGGCGCGAGGACGUGAACCCCUGGGAGCGCCGGGCGCCGCUCGCCCCCCGACACGUCCGCGAACUCACCCACAACGGGGUCAAAGUGCUGCUGCAGCCCUCCAACCGCAGGGCCAUCCACGAGAAGUAUUACAUGAAAGCUGGGGCUAUUGUUCAGGAGGACAUUUCAGAAGCUUCUCUGAUAAUUGGAGUGAAAAGGCCUCCGGAGGAAAAAGUCAUUCCCAGGAAGACGUACGCGUUCUUUUCUCACACCAUCAAAGCUCAGGAGGCCAACAUGGGGCUCCUGGAGGAUCUUCUCAAGAAGGAAGUUCGUCUCAUCGACUAUGAGAAGAUGGUGGACGCUAACGGUUUUCGGAUCGUAGCCUUCGGUCAGUGGGCCGGAGUCGCAGGAAUGAUAAACAUUCUUCAUGGACUAGGUCUUCGUUUCUUGGCACUUGGCCAUCACACUCCCUUUAUGCACAUCGGCAUGGCCCACAACUACCGGAACGUCAGCCAGGCGGUGCAGGCAGUGAGGGAUUGUGGGUACGAGAUCUCCAUGGGCCUCAUGCCAAAAUCCAUCGGCCCGGUCACGUUCUGCUUCACUGGAACCGGAAAUGUCUCCAAGGGAGCCCAAGACAUAAUCAACGAGCUUCCUGUUGAUUACGUUGAACCUCACGAGCUGAAGGACGUCUCUGAAACGGGAGCCUAA